AAGAGAGCGGCUCGAGGCAGGGUGUGUACGGACACCGGCGGAACGUUUCGACUUGGGAUACUGGGGACUGGGGGCGGGGCGGUUUCGGCCUGUCGCUUGCAAAGCCGCCUCCCGAAGACGGUCUCUAUGGCAACCGGACGCGGCUGGAUUUUGAGGCAGCACAGCUUAGGCUUCUCGCGCUUGUCGAUUGCCGCCGCUGCACGGCACGGAAUUCGCCCGCCGCCACCUCUCGUUGUCCCCCCCCCCGGAGAUAGCUCCAGCGCAGUCAGCUCUCCAGCGGGAGACGGUACUGAGUCAGAAUACUCAGCUAUUAUGCAGCUUUCUGAAAUGAAAGAGAUGCACAGUUGCUGGCAAUUUAGGAAGUCCAAUAAGUCAAAAUCUGUAAUCCAUGUUGACAGCAUACCAUCAGAAAUACUUUUGAAAAUCUUUUCGUACUUAGAUGUUGAGUCUCUACUGUGUAUUGGCUGCGUGAACAAACUUUUUUAUCAUCUGUCCAAUGACAAUGUUAUCUGGUCCAAAAUAUACUCUAAGUCUUUUCUACCUAAAAGAAAAAAAUGGAGGACCAAAUCUGUCCAGGAAACAGACUGCAUGUCUCUGAGCUUUCUGGAAUUGCAAGAUUCCAGGUCAAGAUACUGGAAGAGAGAAUACAUUAUGAAAAAAAUAGCUGCUCAAAGAUCCAAUAUAAUUCAGCUUCUUAAGCCAAUAAACACUUACACUGGUCUUCCACUUAAAACCAAAGAAGCUAUCAAAAUCUCUGGUCUGAGAUGGGUAAUCUUACUAAAAGACAGAAAUGGAAAGGAACAUGGAAUGGAUCAGGCAGACAUUUCUUUUAAUGAAACAUCUGUUACUGUAUAUUGGUAUAGUAAUAGAUGGCCUCUCUUAGAUACUUUGUCAACUUUGCAGUUAUUUGGAGUGACGCCAGUACUUCUGGGUGAGAAUAAAGUGCAUAAUAAAAAUGGCCCAUGGCAACGUUCUUUAAUUUCUGAAUAUGAGUUGGCUAACCUGACUGAAAAUGCAAAAAAGAUUGGUUGUGAUGCGCUUGUUGAACUCUACCAUUUUGACCAAGGGCUCAUGCUGGGACUUUGGAAGAAAAGUGAGAUUGCUUUUGUUAUGGCAAGUCUUCAUUACCACCAGCUCAUUGAAAGAAGCACUCUUGGUUCUGCUACAGUGAGACAUUAUGCAGCCCCCAUUAAGGCUAUCCCAGAUGAUAUUGACCCAGAAUAUGGCAUGCAUGGCUAUCAGCUGCACAUUGACCUACAGAAUAGAGGAAAUACUUAUAUAUGUAGUACAUUUCGCAGUUUGUUUUGUAAAAAAGAAUACAUUAGAAAUGGAUAUCUCAGGCUUACAGUAAUCAGUUACAAAAAUGAAGUUGAACAUCUUCCUCUUGAUGGAAACAUUGGAUUGUCUUGGAGGACAGAUGCAUUUGAAGGCACUAUUAAGAAUUGUUUCAUUAUGGAUCUGACUCUUCUGGAUGAUUCACAAAAACCAUUUUGGUGUGUUAGUGUUCCAGUAAGCAUGAAUUUAUCAUUCAAGCCAUCUACCCUCUAUCAGUAUCUGGGACCUAGUUAUUAUAUGAAUUAUAAGGAUUCAACUGGAAAAGUUUAUAUGGAACUAAUAUGGAUGGAAGAAACAAAUGAGUAUUAUAUAGUUAAUCUAGUCAUUUAUUUGAGCACCCACAAAGUUAAUAGUUGUUUUGGCACAAAUUAUUGAAUUUAUUAUUGAAAUUAUUGAAUUUUUUUUAACAGUACUGAUUUUCUUAAGAAUACUUAUUUUUUUAUUAUGUUUAUCCCUAAAGUAUGUGUCAUAAAUGCCUGUUGAACCAACCAAACAAACAAAAAAAAUCCUUGAUUUUCUUGGUUGUAUUUGACUAAAAAGAAAAGCCUUUAUGUUUGGGACAGCCUUAUAUUUUGAUUUUUUAUACAUGUAAAAUAAAUUGUGUUCUCUCUUUGAGCUAUCUGUAUUACCAAGAAAAUUCAGUAAUUUGAAUUGAAAAUUGAAUUUAAAAAAUUACAUCCACAUUAGGGAAAUUUCCUAGAUUUUGAAGCCAUAUGAGGGUAAUUAAUAUGACUAUGUUUAUACAAACCAAAUAUGUACAGAGGGAGUAUGUAUGUUUAUGUAUAAACCAAUCUUCCGUGACAUUUAUUUCUUAGAUUUAUAGCUUUCCUUUUGUACUGGAGUUCAAGGCUGGGUACAUUGUGUGAUGAUAGGGGUGGUGGUGGCAGAGGAUGAAACCGUAGAGCAUCUCCUCCUUUGUUAUAUUCCACAUAGAGAAGGGGGUUAUAUGACAAGUGGGGAGAAAAACAGGUUUGCGGGAUGCUCAAAGUCCUAGAUUGGGAAUACUUUUCCCUGUCAGGGAGACAAGAUUAGGAAUAUUGUUAGUCCUGGGGUAGACUAAUAUUAACAGGAUAUAGAUAUUUUGCAGAAGUAAGUGAACGUGUUUAAAAACCAUUUUAGUUUAUUGUAUAAAAAUUUGUUCCUUGUUUCUACAUUUACCAAGUGUCUGUGUUAUCCUAUAUCUUCCCCACAUUUCAUUCAGUUAUGUUAACUUAGAGACUUAAAAGAAUUUCUAAAUCAAAAAGAUAUC